UUAGAAGCAAAAUUGUUUAACCACAUCUCUGAAAACGGCACAUGUUCACUGGGUGAUAAAUGGCUGAGGUUUUGCAUUUCUCUACUCUACAGCUGCUGUUCGGUUCUUUUGUAUUAAGCCUCCUUCAGAUCAUUUCAGAUGAUUGUAAAUAUGUUCAUCCUGGAGAGAACAUCACGCUGCACUGUAACAUCACUAAUUAUUCAAAUAUAUUUUGGUAUCGACUGAGAUCUGAGGAACUGGAACAACUCAUCUCAGCUGGAAGAACAAAACUUGACAAACACUUUUAUGUAGAUUAUAAUGUAGACGAGAGUCACUUUGAUGCAACAGAAAGUAACAGUUCAGUCAGUUUAGUGAUUAUUGCAGUUAGAGAGACAGAUCUGGCGGUUUAUUUCUGUGGAGCUCGAAAUGACACGACACACACUCAGUUUGGGAAAGUCAUCAGACUUAAUGUUACAGCAGAUAACGUUACAAAGUAUUUUAAUGCCGAGGAGCCUGCAGGUCCUGGAUUAUACUGGAUUACGGACCUCAUCAUAUACUGUGUGUGUGUGGUUUCGGUCCUUAUGAACAUCAUCCUCAUGUGUACAUUCUGCUGCAAAGUGCAAAGGAAGUCUGUGUCAUCAUAUAGCAGCUGUAGUAACACCACAGACUCUUCUGAAAAGAAAGAGAACAUUAAUUAUGCCAGCAUCAAGCACAAUAGAAGGUUCAGAGCAAAGGAUAAGAGAAGCACGGUGUCGGAUUUGGACAGUGUCGCCUAUGCAGCAAUCGCAUCAGAACCCAAAAGAAACUAACCUGCAUCAGAUUUCUAACAUUUUGUAUUACAAUAAAUUGAAAAAUUUUUUAAUUGUUGUGACAUCCAAGUAGUAUAUUUUGCCCUGGUUAAAUGUAUAUUUGUGCUUCACAAAAAUAAUGCACUAUCUGAAACACAUAAGAAGGUAAGGGAAGGGCUUAGCAGGAAAGAAGGACCCAGCCCAUUUGGACAUUUGAUGACCAUUGAAGUGACGUUCCUCUGACACGUCCCAUCAUGGUUGAAAAAUAGUUCCAAAAUGAAAGUUGAACGGACGUGUUUGACGUUAUCUGAUUCACAACAGCUGUUAUCAACAGUCACCAAUCGUCCAAAUGUUUGCUUGGAGGGUAUAACACCUAGCUAAAAGUCAAAAUCACAUCUAAUGUAUACAUGCAACCCCAUGCAACUUUAGACAUGUACAAACAUAUGCAUUUUUAGGAAAUGUCAAAAAAGUUUUUCUCAUUUAUGCCGCCCUACUGCAACCAUGUGCUCAAUACAACUGCAUUGGGUUUUCCCCAGAUUGGUAUGUCUAAAAAAAAUUAACUGCAAUAAUAAUAGCUGAAGAGCUGACAGAUAUAUUUUGACUAUUUACUGUGUGUGUGUGU